GCCACCUGGAGCCUCUGCCUUUGGGCACCUCCCUGGACACCUCCAGAGACGCUCUGGGGAGGACUUCGCCAGCAGGCUGGUCUAGGCUCACCAGGUCCCUCGCCAGCACGCUCUGAGCCGGCCAGGAUGUUCGGGCUGUUCGGUCUCUGGAGAACCUUCCACAGCGUGGUCUUCUACCUCACGCUGAUCGUGGGCCUUGGGGGACUGGUAGGUAACGGGCUGGUGCUCUGGAACCUCGGCUUCCACAUCAGGAAGGGCCCCUUCUCCGUCUACCUGCUGCACCUGGCCGCCGCCGACUUCCUGGUCCUCUCCUGCCACGUGGGCUUCUCCGUGGCAGAGGCUGCCCUGGGUCCCCAGGACACACUCUACUUCGUGCUCACCUUCCUGUGGUUCGCGGUGGGGCUCUGGCUGCUGGCGGCCUUCAGCGUGGAGCGCUGCCUCUCCGACCUCUUCCCCACCUGCUACCAGGGCUGCCGGCCCAGACACACCUCAGCCAUCCUCUGUACCCUGGUGUGGGCCCUGACUCUGCCGGCCGUGCUGUUGCCCGCCAACGCCUGCGGCCUGCUGCGCAACAGCAAGCGCCUCCUGGUCUGCCUGCGCUACCACGUGGCCAGCGUCAUCUGGCUCCUGGUGCUGGCCUGCGUGGCCUGCACGGCUGGCGUGGUCCUCUUUGUCUGGGUGACCUGCUGCUCCACGCGCCCGCGGCCCAGGUUCUACGGCAUCGUCCUGGGCGCGCUGUUCCUGCUCUUCUUCUGUGGCCUGCCCUUGGUCCUCUACUGGAGCCUGCAACCCCUGCUGAACUACCUGCUGUCCACGUUUUCCCCACUGGCCACACUGCUGGCCUGUGUCAACAGCAGCUCCAAGCCCCUCAUCUACUUGGCGUCAGGCCGGCAGCCCGGGAAGCGGGAGCCACUGCGGGUGGUGCUGCAGAGGGCCCUGGGGGAGGAUGCUGAGCAGGGUGCCAGGGGACAGUCCCUGCCCAUGGGCCUCCUAUAAGUGGGCUUGCCCCACCCACAGGGCCUGCCAGGAAGUGCCCACCCCCCCACCCUCGCCCACCCCGCACCCAGACGCUUCCAGGACCAGGAGGAGCCCCACCCACCACCUAGCUCUUACCCUAAGCACCCAAGGGCUGGACACAGCUGGAGAGACUUGGUCCUGACCACCCCCUGGCCAGGCCUGCUGAGGAUGAGGGAGGCAGGAAAAUGGAGCUGGAGAGAGGUCGGGCAAGGUGGAAGAAAGGAGAAGCCUCCUGAAUAGGGGUGAGAACGGGCACCACGCCCCCAGGCCCAGCCCAGAUCCCCUCACCCGGCCCCUCUCCACCCUGCUGCAUCUCAGUCACAGGGGAGAAAACUGCGAAGUAAAACAGAGCCAGCCCCCAGCCCACACUGGCUGGACUGGAACUCAGGCUUCUGGACUCCUGGGCUAGGUGGGCACUGUCCAUGCCACCUGCUGGCUGAGACUCUGAUUCUCCCACUACAGGGUUGGGGUGGGACUACUCCUUACUCCUCGCCCCGCUCAGCCAUCAUUGUCCUGCCCACCCCACGGGGACCACACCCAGGGCUCUGUCCCCCUCUCUGAGGCCCAGGACUGGCAGGUGACUGAUGUCACCAGCAGAAGCCACCAGGUGGUGCUGUUUCCGUACAGCAUAGACCCAGCCCGUGGGCCGGCGGACACAGGUGCCUCCAUCCCCUCGGUCCCCUCCCAUCCCCUCCCACACUGGUCCCCACCGGGCCUCUCCUGAGUCCCCAGGGCCAUCUGCUCUCUGCGGGGUUGCUCGAGUCUCCCACCUCUGUCUUCACCCUCCCUCCUCAGCCCUGGGACGUCUGGAGCUUUUGCCCCCAGGGUUUGCUUUGGAGAGAGAGAGACAGAGAGAGAGAGACAGGAAGGAAAAGAGAGAGAGAGAGAGAGAGGAGGUGAAGCCAAGUUUCCAAAGCACAAACCAUUUGAUGUGUUUUCUGACCAUGAAAUAAAAUACUUUCUGGUCAUUGUUAAAACAUUCAAGCUCUAUAGAAAAUACUAAAAAGAUAAAUCGCCGAAAUAUUUUUCCACUCAGAGGGGACAUUUUUUAUGAAAAGCACUCCAGUCGUUUA